GGCUCGGCUCCUGCUGGCCUGGACAGUCCUGUUGUGCGUGGCGGGUGUCCAGGGCCGUUGGGACGGGGCGGUGGAGUCUGCCGGUCUCGGACGCAUGCGCAGGCGUGGCAGCCCAGGCGUCUUGCAGGGGCCAAACGUGUGUGGUUCCCGCUUUCAUGCCUACUGCUGCCCUGGCUGGAGGACGCUGCCCGGUGGGAACCAGUGUGUCAUGCGGUCAGGAUGCAGUGUGAGCUGCAUGAACGGGGGCAGCUGCCAAGGGGAGUCCUGCCUGUGCCAGAGGGGCUACACGGGCACCGUAUGUGGGCAGCCCAUCUGUGACCGCGGCUGCCACAACGGGGGCCGCUGCAUUGGGCCGAACCACUGCGCCUGCGUGUACGGCUUCAUGGGGCCUCAAUGUGAGAGAGACUACCGGACAGGGCCCUGCUUUGGUCAAGUGGGCCCUGAGGGGUGCCAGCACCAACUGACAGGCCUUGCCUGCACCAAGGCUCUCUGCUGUGCCACCGUGGGCCGUGCCUGGGGCCUCCCAUGUGAGCUCUGCCCAGCACAGCCACACCCCUGCCGCCGGGGCUUCAUCCCCAAUAUCCGCACAGGGGCCUGCCAAGACGUGGAUGAGUGCCAGGCUGUCCCAGGCCUGUGCCAGGGGGGCAGCUGUGUCAACACUGUGGGCUCCUUUGAGUGCCGCUGCCCCUCUGGACAUCGGCUCAGUGAGAACAGCGCCAAGUGUGAAGAUGUGGAUGAAUGCCUUAGUGUGCCAGGCCUCUGCUCCGGGGGCGACUGCACCAACACUGUUGGGAGCUACGUGUGUACCUGUCCCCGUGGUUUUGCCAGCAGCCUGGAUGGCACCCGCUGCCUGGACCACCGUGCUGGCACCUGCUUCUCGGCGCUGAUUGUGGGCCGCUGUGCCAGAGACCUCGCGGGCCACUACACUCACAGGCAGUGCUGCUGUGACAAGGGCAGGUGCUGGGCAGCUGGCCUGGCCCCUGAGCUGUGUCCCCUGCGGGGCUCCGAUGAGUUCCAGCGACUGUGUGCCCUGGGGCUCCCGCUGCUGCCCCCCUACCCUGCCCGCUUCCCCGGCAUCCCUGGCUUCGGAUCAAGUGGUGGCGUGGGUCCUGGCCUGGGGCCGGCAUGGCACAGCCCCCAAGGCUCCAAUGGGCGUGGGGUUCCCAGCCUGGGCUUUGGUGAUACCAACAUUGGCACCGCCACCCUGAACCAGACCAUCGACAUCUGCCAACACUUCACCAACCUGUGUCUCAAUGGCCGCUGCCUGCCGACCGCUUCCAGCUACCGCUGCGAGUGUAACAUGGGCUACAAGCAGGACGUCCGCGGGGAGUGCAUCGAUGUGGACGAAUGUGCCAGCAGCCCCUGCCGCCAUGGAGACUGCGUCAACACCCCCGGCUCCUACCACUGCCGGUGCCAUGAGGGCUUCCAGGCGAUGGUCACCAAGCAAGCGUGCCUGGACGUGGAUGAGUGUGUGGUCAGCAGUGGCCUCUGCCACCAUGGCCGCUGUGUCAACACGGAGGGCAGCUUCCAGUGUGUCUGCAAUGCCGGCUUCAAGCUCAGCCCUGACGGCAAGAACUGUGUGGACCACAAUGAGUGUGCCACUACCACCAUGUGUGCCAAUGGUGUGUGCCUGAAUGAGGAUGGCAGCUUCACUUGCCUCUGCAAACCCGGCUUCCUGCUGGCGCCCAGCGGCCGCCACUGUGUGGACAUCGACGAGUGCCAGACGCCGGGCAUCUGCAUGAACGGACGCUGUACCAACACGGAGGGCUCAUUCCGCUGCCACUGCCUCGGGGGGCUGGCGGUGGGCGCCGAUGGCCGCGUGUGCGUGGACACCCACGUGCGCAGCACGUGCUACGGGGCCCGCGACAAGGGCUCCUGCGCCCGCCCCUUCCCUGGCGCCGUCACCAAAUCUGAGUGCUGCUGUGCGAGCCCGGACCACGGAUUUGGCGAGCCCUGCCAGCUGUGUCCUGCCAAGGACUCAGCCGAGUUCCAGGCCCUGUGCAGCAGCGGUCUCGGCAUCACCACGGAUGGCAGAGACAUCAACGAGUGUGCCCUCGACCCCGAUGUCUGUGCCAAUGGCAUUUGUGAGAACCUGCGGGGCAGCUACCGCUGCAUCUGCAACCUUGGCUACGAGGCAAGCGCGGGUGGCAAGGAGUGCGCAGACGUGGAUGAGUGUGCCCUCAACAGCCUCCUGUGUGACAACGGGUGGUGCCGAAACAGCCCCGGCAGCUACAGCUGCUCCUGCCCCCAGGGGUUCAGCUUCCAGCAAGACACGGAGACCUGUGAAG